UUCUAUUUCACGGUCUACAUCCCAUUUUUCUCUCUCUCCGCUUGUGCAAUUUGCAAUGAGCUAAUAAGAUUGGGCAUCUACUUUGCUUUUCUCUCUAAACUCCUUCUUUUUUCUAAGCUCCAGUGGUGCUUCUACUUCUCUCUCUAGGAAAAUCAAUGGCGAGGCAAAAGAUUCAGAUCAAGAAGAUCGACAACAUAACGGCGAGGCAGGUGACCUUUUCGAAGAGAAGAAGAGGGCUUUUCAAGAAGGCUCAUGAGCUCUCAACUCUCUGCGAUGCCGAGAUAGCUCUUAUCGUCUUCUCCGCAACCGGGAAGCUCUCUGAGUAUUCCAGCUCAAGUAUGAAGCAGGUACUUGAAAGGCAUAAUCUGCAUUUACAGAAGAUGGAGAAAGCAGACCAACCAUCUCUUGAUCUGCAGCUUGAGAAUUGUGCCUAUGUGAUGUUGAAAAAGAAAGUUGCAGAGAAGACUCAAGAGUUGAGGCAAUUGAGUGGCGAAGAGCUUCAUGGACUUGAUUUGCAAGAACUAAUGAAACUAGAGAAAUUGGUCGAAGGAGGAUUAUGCCGUGUCCAAAAAUCGAAGGGUGAUAAAUAUGUGAAAGAGAUCAGUGCCCUUAAGAGAAAGGAAAUGCUAUUAAUUGAAGAGAAUGCACAGUUGAAACAGCAAGUGCAAGUGGAUAUGGUUAACUUAUCUGUAGGCCAAACGACUGUUCCCGAACAAGGCCAGUCGUCGGAGUCUGUCACCACCAACUGCAUCUCAGCCGAUCCUCAGCAAGACAAUGACAUCUCUGUAACCUCCCUCAAAUUGGGCCUGUCUUUUCCCAACUAAAUUUGAAGGGUGGAGGAGAUUAAGCUACAAAAAUAGUUGCAGGAUUGUUUUCUAGAUUUCAUGCAUGUAUGAUAUGCCCAAGUCAAAUUCAGAACCAACCCUUUUCCUAAUGUAUAUUGUUUUGGGUAAUACUAGUUUCUGACAGUUGUUUCAAAGAAACUUCUAAGGAUCUUCCUUUUUGCAGUUA